CCUCUAUGGUAAAGCCUGAAGACACUUGUACUCAUUCAUUUUAUCAAUUUUAAUUCAGAAAAGUCUAGUUAUCUUUGCGAUAAUCAUUUUUCCUGGAACUGCAUUGGACUGAUUAAAGCCAGUACAAUGCAGAUUAGAUCUAAUUUUACAAUUUAUUGUUGAGAGUUGUAGAGCUGAGCGGUUACAAAAAGUGAUCCAAUAGUUAAACACUAUUCAAGCUUUAUUUUUUUGGAUUAAAAGACAAAAUAAAACAUGUCGAAUCCCGUUCCUAUGCCAGAUGAUUCAUUGCACUCCUAUGAUGGAGCAAAAUUGCCGUCUCUUCAGCCUAAAGUACAACAUUCAAAUACUAAACCAAUCAAGACUGAAGAUGGUUGGAUGCCAAUGCCAAAAGCAUAUAAUUGCACACCAGGAUUGGAAUAUUUAACUAGAAUUGAUACAUUUUUGGUCAGCAAGAAACAUGAUCGUGAUGAGUCUAAAUACACUUAUCUAAUCAAAAACAAUUUGGACCAGAAAGUUUAUACUGCAGUUGAAGAAUACGAUGAAUGCUGUAUGUGUUGUUGCAGCACCACCAGGCCAUUCGAUAUCAGAGUUUUUGAUUCUCAGAAACGUGACGUUAUCAAUUUCUAUCGACCUUUAGGCUGUCAAUCUUGUUGGCUUUUCUGUUGCCUCCAGAUCUUGGAAGUUACAGCUUCUGGCACUCUAUGUGGUUUUAUCGAACAAUCAUGGAGUCCUUUUUACACUGAAUUUAGAAUCUGUGAUGCUACUGGGAAAACUGUUUUACUGAUUAAAGGGCCACCAGAACCUUAUGUUUUAAAUCAAUUCAAAGUAUUAUCAACUGAUGGUAAAACUGAAGUUGGCAAUGUUCAGUCAUUAUUGCCUAAUCUGGUCCAAGGACGAUUGGCCGAUGCUGAUCACUUCAGCAUUUCAUUUUCAAUGGAUUUAGAUGUCAAUAUUAAAGCUGUAUUAUUGGCCGCUCUGAUCUUAAUUGACUGCUUGUAUAAUCGAAGCGAAUACAGUGGAUCAACAUAUGAUUUGACAACGGCAUUGCUGGCAGCUGAUGCGAUUGUACAUUGCUUGCACAUGUGUUUCAGGUAGUGAUUAAUUGAUCUGCCUUAAGAAAAUAAUCGUUAACUAUUCAAUAUCAAUAUUGAUGUUUGACAUCUGAAAAUUUCAAGAUUGGCCAAAUGAUAAUAAAUGCUCAUUAGUUACAUUUGACAUGACCUGCUCUCAAAUUGGACUAAUAAUUGAAUAAAAUUAAACAAUUUGUGUUUUGUGACAUUU